GUGUCUUUUAAGUUGUUCCUUUAUUUUGUUCAUUUUAGUGUAACCGACAAUCACCGAGAGAGAUAUAGAGAGAGGGUCUGAGGGAGAGAGUCAAUUGAGCUCUGCUCCUGUUGUUCUUGAUUAAUUCUAACAGUUAAAAACCCUUUUCGAUUUUUGUUGCUCGUCAAUAAAUCUUUUGCUUCUGGAAAUUUCCAAUUCCUUAAUCUCUCUCCGAUUAUCAAACGAAUAUUACUCCUAAUUUCUGAUCCGGAAUCGCGCUUUAAUACAAUCACGUAUCAUUAUUAGGUAAGCUUUUAUAUUGAUUGUACCCUAUGGAAUGUGGUUUCUAUUUUCACGUUUGCUAUGUGGGUGUAUUUGAUUUUGAUUUGGUCUAUUGAGUGGUGUUUAUGAUCAUGGUUUUCGAUAUCUGUGAUUUCUUCAUAACUUUUUAGUUUUAUGUGAAUUUUGAACUUAGAAUUCAAGGGCAUUUAAACUAACUAGGAUUCACAUCUGUAUUUUAGGCUUCACUAAUUAUAAAUUAACAAAGAGCAGAACAAAAAGGUAAGAAAUUCAGGAACUAUUUUUAGGGUUUGUAAACUAAUCAUCAAUUUUAUAGCAAAUCGACCGGAUUUAGUUGGGGAUUUUGUUUGAACUUGAUGGUGUAUGAUCCGAUACCUCAAGGAUUGAAGGAUUUAAACGGCUGAUUUUCCAGCAUAUUGCUGUACAUAUAUUUAUUAGAUAUAACAAACUUUUAUUAUAUUGUAUCCAAUUUGAUGUAGACUAUCGAACAUAUGAAACAGGGUUACUUCAAGAAGAGGUUGCAAGUAGCUGGUGAGCAGCCUACUCACUUUAAACCAGUGGAAAUGGAUCAAAGUAAUUGACUUCAACUUUUUCUCACAUCCUUUUGUAUUUGUCAAAACUUUCCCCUUUUAGUUUGCUUUCAAUGUCUUCUCUAUGUCUUGCUUUAAAGUUAUCUUAGUUAUCGCUUUCAUUUAGGGUAAAGAAAAAUUAGGAGGUGUUUGGACCUUUAUUAUGUUUAUUCAAAAGUUAUCAUGUGAUAUCGAACAAUUAUAACCAAGAUAAACAAACUAAAACAACCGAGGUACAAAGACGAUGUAAGGAUGCUAUGUUAGCCCUAAAAAGGUUAUAUAAUAUCCCAAUUUAUAUUCAUCUCAUACUAAUGAAUAUAAAUUGGGACUUUCUGAUUUCACAGAUGCUGCAAUGGAGGAAGGGAAGGUUUUGAAAAAUGGUAUUGAAUUGGUCAAAUCAGUUUCGGAUAAGCAUCUUGAUCUUUUGAGGCCAUCUUCACGAUAUUUUUCAAUGUUUAAAGGUAGUAGAUAGUAAUACCCAACAAUAGAAAAAUUACCACAUAAUGAAAACGAGAAACAUGAAAUGACCAAAACGACCCUAUUGAUGUGCUUUACGUGUUUGUAAUUGUGUGCAUUGAGAUGUAUAUAAGAAAAUUAUGGGAGUGGUUAUACUUAUGUAGGAGACACAUGUUGAUGAUGGCAGGGCAUAUUUCAAAUAAUAAUGAUCGUGAGAAAGGAAAGUAUGCACUUAUUAAGGAUUCUGAUGAUUUUCAACAAGGCCUUUAUGAUAAACCUCUUCCUUGUUUUGGAUGUGGAAUCGGAUGGUUUUCGUAAGUUUUCUUUAUUCUCAUUAUGAAUUUGAGUAAAUGACCGUUUUACCCUUUUGUUUAGAAUUGAUGUAGAAGAAGAAAUGACUGUUUAUUCGAACGAAUGACCAUUUUACCGUUUUGUUUAGAAACAAGUACCGAGUUAAGUAAAAAAGAAACAACACCUGACACUGACAUUCUGACACUGACACUGUUGUUUUUGUGGUUGUAGUUUCUUGAUAGGGUUUGCAUUUCCUUUGAUGUGGUUCUAUGCUACAUUCCUGUAUUUUGGAAAUUAUUAUCGGAAGGAUCCUAGGGAACGUGCUGGUCUUGCUGCUUCUGCUAUUGCUGUAAUCCUCUUUCUCUCUCUUAUUGAUCGAAAAAAAAAAAAAAAAAAUUUAAACUUUAUAUAUUUUAUCCUGAAAUAUGAAAGUAAGUGGAGUAUUUAUUUAUAUAUAUAUAAUAUGGUUUGUGAUUACAGGCAAUGGGGUGUUCGGUUAUAUUGUUUAUUGUAGUGAUGGUGUUGGUGUUUGGUGGAAGAUAAUGUUUUGCAUAAGAGAAAAAGAGAGCAUCUUGAUACGAAUACACAAGUCAUGAUGAAUAUGAAAAUAUUUGAAAUUGUGGUUUUUAGUGACACAAAUCAUGUAUACGAAUACGAACAAAUUGUACAAUCUUGAGAAGGGUUUUUGUUUUAGCAAGUGCUUUUGUGCUGUGAAAUUUGUACAAAAGUUAAUCAAGAACUUUACUCGCAUCUUGCAUUUGCAUGAUCCAAGUUUUUUGAGCGUUUGUGUUGGGGUUUUUGUCUUGAAACUUGUAUGUGUUUUUUGCAUGUUUUGGCUUUUGAGUUGCUCUUUUAGUCUACUGAAAAGUUUUAAUUUCAUAUAGAAGUUAAUAAUGUUGUGUGGAUUAGAAAGUGAUGAAGUGUCAUCUGAUAAAUAAGUGCUUAACAUUGUAUAUUUUACGUAAACUGACGAGAAUUAUUAAAGUGCUAUUAAAUUCUAUAGUAAACAAUUUAGUUGAAUACAAGACUGUUUGGUAUUUUAUUUUUAAAUAGUCUUUUAGUUUUAUCUAUUGGCACCAUAUACAAAUAAAAGAUAUAGCUACUUGUUUGCACCUUCAAGCUAGUUUUCUAAGGUGUUUGUGUUUUAAAAGAUAUAAGGUCUCCAAAGUUUUAUAACAUCUUCAACUAAAAAUUUAUUCAUUUCAUAUAAUUCAAAACAACACAUUGGGUUGCCCGUAUUAAGAAAAGAAUUUAUCAUUCAAAC